UCCUUAAAGAAAUAUAGAUUUGUGUUAGUUUGUGUUAGUUUGCUUAUUAAGUGUGUAUGUGAGAAGAAUUGUGCAUGUGGUCGUAUUAUGGAGCUGUUCAUAUUAUUAGGAAUUGUUCUUUGCGGUCAGCAAAUCGAAUUAGUGCUCAGCUUCACUUUGUCUGGCAAUGGAACGUCAGGGGGUUUUACUGUCCAAGAGAACGCAUCCCUGCAAUUGACGUGUUCCACGUCUGCCGAUGUUCAGUAUGUAACCUAUUAUAGAAGAUAUUCGGUUAAGGUGGCUGAUAUUAUAACCGCAGUAGGGUACGGAUCAUCAGGCUGUGGUACAGACCCCAUACCGCCGUCCUACCUUAUCUGCUCCUGUGUCAGUAGGAGGCAGUACGCUUGUGUUAUUCAGAACGUCACCAGAGACAUGAACGAGAACGUUUGGUUUUGUCUCCCUCGAGGACUGAACAUAACGGACAACAGUACGGAUAAAAAAAUUGUCGUAACAAUCGGCAUAACUGCGGUACAUAUGUUAUUCCCGAAGGGCAGCUCCGUGUCCGUCAUAGAACACACCGUCAGGCAGUUCCGGUGUGAGACAUCUGUUGGAAACCCCCAGGCCACUGUAGAGUGGUUCAAUGAUAAUGGGUCAGCGGAGAGGGCGGACGAUACUCAGAUAACUAUUGGGACAAUGACAGACUCGAGUGCAAGUGGUUCCCUGAUUAUGACUUAUGGUGAACUGGAUUUGACAGUGCAGAGGAGCCAUAAUGAAGUGGGUGUGUACUGUAGGGCAAACAACGGUGGCGAUUGGCUAUAUUCCUCAAGUGUUAUCUUAGAUGUGCAAUAUGAACCCACCACUCCGAUGGUAUCCUACAAGGGUUUCGAAAUUACAUCCCCUGUACGGGUAAUAUCCGGGCGUCCCAUGACGCUCACCUGCAGCAGCACGGGGAACCCGACCCCCACUUACACGUGGGCGUACCCUGAUGGAGGCCCACAUAGUGGAUCCACGCUCACACUGGCGAACGUGCUGCAAACACACGCCGGAGGUGUAACGUGUACAGCAAAAAACAAGUUAUCACCUACAGGAGGGACAGCGGUUGAUAAGACACGAAAAACAACCAUCACUCUGCAGGUUCUAUAUCCUCCAGGUGCACCUUUUUGUGUUAUCGGUGGAACUUCUUUAUCGAACACUGCUAUAGUUGUGGCGGGCUCAGACUGCACUAUAAGCUGCAGCAGUUCCGCCAACCCGCCCGAGAUCACGUACACUUGGUCAACUCCUGGCCGGGGACAAGUGUCCGGAGCCAGUUUAUUUCUUACCAGCGUCCAGCACACUGCCGACCAUGGCCAGUACACAUUGACUGUCACAAAUACCAUGGAUCCCACCGGAGAUAAGAAGGAAAAGGGAGAUAGCAGCACAACGUUCUCGGUGGAUGUUCAGUUUGGACCUCAAGUACAACUUCCUCGGACCCAUUCCAUAUUGAAGGACAAUGUCUUAAACUAUCAAUGUCCGUUUAUCCGUGGUAACCCUUCCAAGACAUCCAUUGUCUGGACGCGAUCAGUUGACCUUAUGAAAUGGACCAGCCAGAUUGUAAGUAUCAGCUCUGUGCAGAAAUCAGACGACGGAAUGUAUACGUGUACCGCCACGAACCAGAUGACGCCCACUGGAUCGGCCACCCAGACUGGAAAUCAUAGCGGAACCAUGCACCUUAAUGUUCAGUAUGAAUCUAUCGUAAGUGACUUUCACGUAACUGAGCACAUUGGAACAUUUAACGUUACAAAAGCAGAGAACAGCAACGCGAUGUUUAUAUGCAUGGUGGAUAGCAAUCCUCAGUCAACCAUCAAUAUUCGAAUGGACGGUAAAAUAAGGAAAUCCGUCGAUAAUUCAACACAGCUGGAAUACACCAUUUCAAACCUAACAUGCUGGGAUACUGGGCUUUACACAUGCGAUGGCAGCAAUGAGUUUAAUAACGACACCCCUUCGAAAAAAGAUUUGAGGGUGCUUGUUACAUGCAGUCCAAGGCGCCCUUCUGGCGAGAAUAUUCAGUUGAACUUUACAGCCCUACAACACGAACAUGCGGCACUGAAGUACACUGUGUUUGCGUAUCCGGUCCCUCAUCCGUCACAGUUUGUCUGGAAAAGAUGCAAGACAACUUGUGCUCUGUUAUCAAAUCUCCCCGGAAAGUAUGAAAUAAAAACAACAGGGUUGUCUAGUAAUUUGACCAUUUUGGAUAUCGAUACUAGUGAUUACGGCCUGUACAGUAUUUCGGUUAGCAAUGGCAUUGGCAAGAAGCUAGUCGAGGAAAUUUAUCUAAAACCAGCUGGACCACCAGAUCCACCGACGGAAUUCCAUGUAAUUGAGGAGUCUAUCGGAGAAACACAAGCAAUACUAACAUGGAUACCUGGAUUUAAUAACGGUUUAAGUCAAACAUUUCAUUUAUCGUAUGGAACAAUGAUUGAACUCGCAACCAUAACUCAAGUGAAUAUUUCUCAUAACGAACUCGAAAAAAGCAUAAACUUUACCAUUAACAAAUUGCAACCUGAAAAGCAGUACUAUGUGGAACUUUUUGCUUCUAAUGCCGAAGGGAAUUCCAUGACAAUCAACGCAACAUUUACAACAUUGGUGCAUCUUGUUAAUCUAAUGGGUCCAUCAGCUGCUGUAAUUGGAGGAUCAAUCGGAGGUGUCAUUUUCGCAAUGUUGAUUGUUGGGGGCGUUAUUUUGGGCGUAAUGAAAUUCAGAAAAAUCGGCCAAAAGAAAGACAGAGAAAUAUUGGCAGACAAUCAACGAGAAGAUGCUCUUCCUCAUUACAUCAACGGGGAUGCUGAAAUUCCGGAUGUUGUUGAAAAUACAAUGUAUGUCCCAGCUGCAGAUAUAUCACGCCAUAUCAACAAUUCAGGCGCAGAUGCCUUGUAUGCACAACCAAAUAAAACUAAGGCGUCAAGUUCAGCAGGUACCGAGUUAUACGCAGAAGUCAAUAAAGUAGCCCCCAAAAAGGCUGCUGCAAAGAAGCAUGGAAAGAAGGCAUAUGAAAACAAAACAUUUGAAGAUUCAUCGCUCGAGCUUACAGAAAAUAAGAAAAAUGUUAACAAGGAUGGACUCGUCUACGCAGACUUAGAUUUUCCUAAACCACGAAAAGGACAAAAUCCUUACAUACACGGCCAUGAUGACAAGACAGUGUAUGAAGAAGUUGAUUUAUCACGAAAGGCUGAUCCGUUGCCAGACAGUGACGACGACGCAUCUGGCGAAAACAAAAAGUAAUAAAAGCGAUUGUUUUAAACAAGAUCACUGUAGCUAAAACUUUUUUUGUAGUGUUUUUUUUAAUUAGACAUUGCUGUCCUACAUGUAUUAACUUUUCAACUAUUUUAAUUAAAAGUCGAACUAUUUGAAAACCGUAAGUUUAUUGCAAUUUGUAGAAGUCAACAAAUAACUCAUUCAAUUUUCAGUAUUGUCUUUUAAACAAUACGUCAAUAUAUUGCUCUAGGCAUUUUGAUAAAUUUUACCUUUUUUAGGCUUUAGACAAUAUUUUUAAUACAUUUCAGAUCGUACCAUUUAUGAAAAUGAAUUGAAAAUGUAUCUUAUAUUGACUUGAUUAUUACUAAGAUAUUUGUUCACCGAAUGUUUAUAUAAUAUUCAUAAAAAUCAAUAUCAAUGGUCGAUUGUUAAAAAUUCAUUUCAUCGGUGUUAAUCAUUUUGUGGAUUUUAACCUUAUAAUGAACAGUGAAAUGACAAUUAUGUUUGGUUAAUUAGAAAUAAAGUACGCACUUUGAAAUAUUUUUCCGCCAGAAGUUAUUUUGUUGGAUGAUGUAUACAAACUUUAUAAUGUUGCUUAGAGAUUUCAGAAUUUCAUUAACUUAAUUCAUGCCUGAAACUAUAGUCAAAAAUUACUUAUAUUUUUCUUUAAGAGCAAGCAUGAUUCGUUCCAAAAUGGAAAAAAGUAUAUUUAAAUUAAUUGAACUUGUAUCUUAAACAUAUCAGUUUAGUGUUUUACUCGCUCAUAGUGUGUUGAAAAAUUAACAACAGCGGUAUUCUUAAGCCAUUGGAUAAGUAAGUUGGUAUAAUUUGUAUGGAAUAUGAAUAACUGUUGUAUAGAUUUAAAAUCAUUUAGAGUAAACUCUAUAAUUAAAUUAUGGAAUAAGAUUGGUGUGGUAUUCGAAAAGUGAACAAAACGUUGAUUGUCUGAGUUAUAUUUUGUUUCAUUAUACUGAAUGAUAUGGAUGAUUGAUUAUGUCUUUAAGGGUCAGAAUGUUUUGAUGUUUUAUUGUUUUAUUUUAUAUUUAUAAACGCACAUGAAUUUGUUAUAUUUGCACAAACUACAACAGCUUUUAAAUAUUGAGCAUGGAUACUGUAUGAAAUUGAAACUACAAAUCAAAAACAUGACCUCAACAUAUAACACUUUAUUAUGAUUACGGCUGUAUAGAUCCUUAUUUUAUUGUUAUUAUUAUUAUAACAAUAUACAUUUUUGUAUUAUGGCAUACCCCAAAAUAAUUAACCUGAAUGACUUUGUAUACGGAGAGCUAGGACUUGACAUGGAUAUGUUUUUACGUGGUUAAACUUUAAUUUUACGGAUUCAAAAUGUAUUUAUAUGACAUGUUAUCAAUUGUUUUUGCUUUAAUAUAACCAUCACAACCAUCACAUUUCUUUUGUAUUACACAUGUAUAACACCGCAUGUUAGAAAACAAUUAAAUUGGAAGAACAAUCUUAAAUAGUGAUAUUCAAGCAAUUUAUAUCUUUAUUAUUAUAUCAAUUUCCUUUUCCAUAUCCAAUAGUGAAAAUACAGCACGCCGUUUUGAAAUAUCCGUAUCACCAUACUGUCGUUUCUGCGUCUGCAUCAUGCGAGUACCGUGUGUAGUCUCGGAACUACUUUCGCGUUGCUAAAAAUAGCAAGCAAUUCAUAUCAGUAUAUAUGAUUUUUUCUGACUAUAAAGAUCUAUUUGAAUAAAUUACUUCAUUAACAUCAUGAUGAAAACGUGCUAUUUGCUUUUGAUUGAUGAAAAACAUUCUUAUAUCACUUUUCUGUAUUUAAACAUAAAAUGACGUUUUGCAUUUAAUAUAUAAGUAAUCAUGACACCAUUAACAGGUUUAAGAUGUCACCAUUGAAACGAAAGCACAUAUCGUAAAGUAUUGUGUUUAUAUUAUGAUUCUUUCUAGAUACUUCCACAUAGUUCAUUCAUCUUAUAAUCAGAAAUAAUAAUCGUAUAUAGAUACUUUGCUUUAAAUUUUACCUUGAUCUACAUUACCGCAAUGUAUGUAGCGAGUAAAAUAGCAGUCCUCUGUCUGUUUGGGUAUUUAGCUCAUCAUCAGCGCAGCUAAACCAGGCAGAUUGUUUUUAAUAUUUAUGACCGGAAACGGACCAGUGAUAAAUUUCCUGUUCAGAAAAAAUGUUAGGUAGCUCGCCAAAGGCUGGCUCCCUAUCUAGUUGAAUCUAACUAUGUACUUUAUGAAGAAUCGUGACAGGUCUUAUAUAUCUGAUGUUUUUAAACGUAAAAACAAUAAUUGCUCUUACAAGUAUGUUAAUAUCAUUAAUGCUUAAAUUUAAUGAUGGACUGAAUAAACCAAACAUGUAAAAAUCUAUUCCAUAUAACACAAGCAUGCUAAUAUGUUCAGAUAUGUUUUAUAUAUAACAUAUUAUAAUGUUUAUACACGUAUACAUCUUAUAUUCUGUGUAUGCAUAUGUGACUUCUGAUCUUGAUGAGCAGAUCAAUCGCUCCACUCUCGUGAAUUAUUUGAUUUAUCAUUACUCGCUAAAUCAAUGUGUUAAAGUGCUGAUAUUUUACUCUGCUAUUUACAGAAUAUCCAUGUGUGUCAUAGUAAAACACUUAAUAUGAGUUUAAUAUUAAUAUGAUUUUUUUGUUAAUUUUAGUCAACACAGUUUAUUUAAUACCCAUUAUAAUAAAUGUAAUGUGACCUAAAAUAAAAGUCGGCAAAUAAGAUCAGUGGAUAGCUAAACAUUAUGAUAUGUUGUUAACUUCACUAAAUUAAGAUAGUUGUGUACAUAAAAUAAUCAAUAAUGACCGGUUAUUAUUAACAUUUAAAUUAAUUGACACAAACUUAACAGUAAUACAUAAAACUAGUGUGAUUUUAGAAUGGUAAGAUGGACAUUACCCUCACAAAUUUCUAUGUAAUGUCGUUAGGUUACUGGCAACGACACAGCUCUUUCAUGUUGGUUUAAUACUAGGACAUAAUUUUAUUAAAGGAGUUAGUCGUGCUAGUUGUUUAAAUAGCAAUUUAUGUGAUAAAACCCAAGUAUGUUAUUUUAUGUAGGUUAAUAGAAUAGUUGACUAAUGUUUGUUUUUCUGAGUUCUGCCAGAUUUAAACGUAAUCAGCUAUAGUUGCCGGUGAUAAAAUGUUGUUUUGCCCAUCCAUUUGUAAAGCGUUCAAUUAUAAUUACCUACUUAAACGUGCUUGUGUUAUCCCAAUGCUUAAUAGGAAAUUAAGCUUUGUUCAUUGUCAUAAAGCCGGACAAUUUAAGAUUUUAUAUGUAUGUUCGCUCUGUAUUGUAUGCAUUGUACGUAUUUAGUUGAACUAUUUGAUAUAAAUACCUACUUUAAUCAUACAAUUUAUAUAUACCUUUUCUAAAAAUAAAUGAUCUUCUCUA